AUGGCAAAUUUUAAUAAAAAUGAUGGAUUUCAAGUUAAGGUGUUUGCAGAUGAAGAUCAAUUAAUUAUGGGAGGAAUAUUAGAUGAAGACGAAAUAAUCUAACUUAGAAAUACCAAUAAAUCAGCUCCUCCAGACCUUUAUUUAUAAUAAAGAACAGUAGAAGAGAAUUAAUAUCUAUAUGAUAAAUAAUAUUACGAUUAUUAUAAUAGGUAGAAAAAUCCUCGUUUACCAAAACCAUUAUACCGGCGAGAUGUUGAUUCAGAUAUAAAUUAACUAAUGAGUAGUCUGAAAAUAAGUUAAAAUAUUAAUUAAACAUCUUAACAAUAACUAAUGAAUGAAUUUGAAAAUAAUGGUUUGAAUACAAAUAUGUUUUAAUAAAGUAAUGAUGAAGGGUUCAAAAAUUAUAAUAAUUAGCAAAAAAAAAAUUUUAAUGAAACACAAAGUUAAAAUAUGUACUAAAUUAAAUAAUAGUAACAAAUUCAUAUUAAUUAAUUUUAAAACCCAUAAUAAAAUGUUAUAUAAUAACCUACAAUCAAGAGAAAUACUAAGUAACCUAUGCCAGCAUAACAUAUACAUUAACAAAUGCCUCCUCCUUAAUUCUAAUUCUAAUAAUAGAUAAUAAACUAAAACUAGUUUAAUUUAUUUAAUUAGCACCACUCUAAUUUUCCUUAAAAUAUACCUCCAGGGAUAACACCUAAUUUAAACAAUAGUUAAAAUCCCUUAUUUCAACCUAUUCCUGUAGGAAUGUCUUAAAAUGUAAACUAAAAUAUUAUUAAUCUUUUUAAUCAUUUAAUUGAAUCUUGUAAAGAUUAAAAUUCUUCAAGAACUAUUUAAAAAUAAUUCGAAGCCGCAUCACUUGAUGAAAAAAAUAGUAUUUUUUAUAAGAUAUUACCAGAAGCUUUCAAUUUAAUGAAAGACUAAUUUGGUAAUUAUGUGAUUUAAAAAUUAUUUGAAAAGGGAACGAAGGAAUAAAAACAAAUAUUAUAUUAAAUGAUUAAAGGAAAAGUAGAAGAAUUAUCAUUGCAUACUUAUGGCUGUAGAGUAAUUUAAAAAGCUUUGGAAGAAUUAAAAGAUUCUCCAGAUAUGUAAGAAGAUUUAAUUCAAGAACUUAACUAGAAAAUUAUGACUUGCAUUUAAGAUUAACAUGGUAAUCACGUAAUUUAAAAAUUCUUUGAAACAGUUUAGUCUAAAAAACUUCUCCCUAUUAUAAAUGAAGUUAUCUAAAAUGUAAUAUUAUUAUACAAUUACCAUUUUUUUUUUUUAACAACAACAACAAAAAUAAAAAAAAGAUUUAAACACUUGCUUUCCACCCUUAUGGUUGUAGAGUUAUAUAAAGAAUUUUAGAAUUUAGUGAUUCUAGAGAAACCAAAAAAAUUUUCGAAAAACUAAUGGAAAAAAUAAUUGAUUUAUGCUAAUGUUAAUAUGGAAAUUAUAUUAUUUAAUAUAUUUUAGAAAAAGGGCCUGAUUAAAACAGGUUAGAUAUUCUUACAGCAAUUAGAGAAAAUUUUAUUGAAUUAUCAUUAAACAAAUUUGCAUCUAAUGUUACUGAAAAAUCUGUACUUAAUUCAGAUGAUGAAUUCAAAAAAGGCGUUUUAGAUGUAUUAUUAAACUAAAAGCCAAACGAAACUAUAUUAGAGUAAUUAUAUAUGUAUAAAUUUAUAAAUAUAUAAAAUAAUUUCGUUUAGAACCGGAAUAGUUAAAUUAACUAAAAAUGCGUAUGGUAAUUAUGUUGUUUAAAGGUUAUAUGAAAAAUCUAAUUUUGAAACAAAAAUGAGAAUUUGUAUGUAUAUAUUUUAAAAUUAAAAUGUAUUUAAUGAAGUUAUGUCUAAUAAUUAUGGUAUAUUAAUAAGUAAAUAAUAAAAUAUUUAAAUUUUUAAAUUAAAGGAAAACAUGUUUUGAGUAUAAUAGAAAAAAGUAGAGUUGAUAUUAAGCCUAAUCAUAAUAAUUUUAAUAAUAAUUUAAAUUAAAGUUUUAAUAGUAGU